AUGACAUCAUCAUCCACCAUCCCUCAUCUUCCUCCGCCUGAAGACCGCCCAGUUCGUGUCUACGCCGAUGGCAUCUACGAUCUCUUCCACUUCGGCCACGCUCGUUCCCUUGAACAAGCCAAAAAAUCGUUUCCGAACACGUACCUUAUCGUCGGAUGCUGCAGCGAUGCAGUAACACAUAAAUAUAAAGGCAAAACCGUCAUGACUGAAGAUGAACGUUAUGAAUCUCUCCGCCACUGCAAAUGGGUGGAUGAAGUGAUCCCGGAUGCACCUUGGGUUAUCAAUCAGGAGUUUCUUGACAAAAACAAUAUUGAUUUUGUAGCUCAUGACUCCCUUCCAUAUGCUGAUACCAGUGGUUCUGCAAAUGAUGUUUAUGAAUUUGUUAAGGCAGUUGGAAGAUUUAAGGAAACACAACGGACUGAAGGUAUAUCUACAUCAGAUAUAAUAAUGAGGAUUGUCAAAGACUAUAAUCAGUAUGUGCUGCGUAACUUGGAUCGUGGGUACUCAAGAAAAGAUCUCGGUGUGAGCUAUGUUAAGGAAAAGCGAUUGCGCGUGAAUAGGAGGCUGAAAACUUUGCAAGAGAAAGUAAAAGAACAGCAAGAAAAGAUCCAAACUGUUGCGAAGAAUGCUGGUAUGCAUAGGAAUGAGUGGGUGGAAAAUGCUGAUCGUAUGGUUGCUGGAUUUCUAGAAAUGUUUGAAGAAGGUUGCCAUAAGAUGGGAACUGCCAUAUGUGAUCGAAUUCAAGAAAGCUUAAGAGGUCAGCAAUCAAAUGAUGAUUCAUUUCUUCAAAAUGGCACAGAUGAUGAGGAUGAAGAGUAUUAUGAUGAUCAUGAGGAGGAUAGUGAGGAAGAGUAUUUUGAAGAAUAUUUUGAUAACAAUGAGCUUAAUCCCCAGAAUCAUGGGAAAGGCAUGAACAAAACGUAG